GCCACGGCCAAAGCAGAGCAGGAGCAGGCCGCGCGGAACGAGGGAAGCAGCAGGCCGCUAGACUAGGGAGCGGUCGCCGGCCUCGGCGGCGGAGGGAUGGGGCGUGGGGGUGCGGUGAUGGAGGACGGCGACAGGGAGGAGGGAAGCUAUCCGACGCUGCUGCAGCGGUGGUCCUCGUCGGUGUGGGCCGUCAGCGGCAGCGGGCGCCUGCUGUGGGCGGGCAACGAGGCGUGGCGGGCGCACGUCGGGAUGGCCCUCGUCCAGGUCGCCUACGGCGGCUACCACGUCCUCACCAAGUCCGUCCUCAACGUCGGCAUGAACCAGAUCGUCUUCUGCGUCUACCGCGACCUCGUCGCGCUCGCGCUCCUCGCGCCCAUCGCCUUCUUUCGCGAGAGAAACGUGCGGCGCCCGGUGACUCCUCGCCUCCUCGCGUCCUUCGCUCUCCUCGGAUUCACUGGGAUCUUCGGGAACCAGCUCCUCUUCCUCCUGGGCCUCGGCUUCACCAACGCCUCCUACGCCGCGGCGUUCCAGCCGGCCAUACCGGUGUUCACGUUCCUCCUGGCCGCAAUCGUCGGCGUCGAGGUGAUCAACAUCUUCACGAAACACGGGGUCGUCAAAGUCCUCGGCACAGCCGUGUGCGUCUCUGGCGCCGUCCUGAUGGUCUUCUACCGAGGCCCAUCUCUGAUCGGGACCGGAGGCGCGGCCGAUGCAACUGCCCUGUCAGUGGUUAUUGACCACAGCCAUGCCUAUAACUAUGCUCCUCAGUGGCUGGCCGCGGCCAUGCUCCGGAACGGCGUGGAGGCAUGGCAUCUCGGCGUCGUCUGCCUCAUCGGAAACUGCUUCCUGAUGGGCGCUUACCUCGUCAUCCAGGCCCCGGUGCUGAUCAAAUACCCCGCGAGCUUAUCCCUGACCGCCUACUCCUACUCCUUCGCAACCUUGUUCAUGGUGGUCACCGGCGCGUUCGCCACCAGUGGGCUCCACGAGUGGGCGCUGACAGCGACCGAGAUCUUAGCCAUCUUGUACGCUGGAGUCGUUGCGUCCUGCCUGAACUACGCGAUCAUGACCUGGGCGAACAAGAUCCUCGGGCCGUCUCUGGUCGCCCUCUACAACCCACUCCAACCGGCAUGCUCUACCUUGCUCUCGACCAUGUUUCUUGGAACUCCAAUUUACGUUGGAAGUGUGAUUGGGGGACUCUUCAUCAUCGCUGGCCUUUACCUGGUCACUUGGGCUCGCUACAAAGAGGCUCAGAGCGCUCUGGUAGCCGGUUAUCUGCGACCUCUUCUUCUGCCGACCACCAAGGCAGAAGGAAGCUCCUUCAGGGGGCUCCAUUGAUCCUUUUACACCCCAGGCAGAGAGGCAGAUGGAUUUUUGCCUCAAGUGUUUCUCUAGGCCAGCGGCGUCAGCAGAUUUAGUUUUCAUGUCUUUGUUGUAUACCAAUCUUGCAUAUAUUUGGUUUGUACUUUGCACGGCAGUUUACACGGUAGAGAUGGCCAGUACUAGUACCAUUUUUUCAAGCAUUCAAGCAAGGUUCCAUUGUCAGGGAAGAACGGCAGGGCACUGAAGAAAAUAUCGUAUCCUGAACAUUGUAUUCUGGUGUCCCAAUCGGCAUUUUUGAAGAUGCCCUUUUGGUUGUCCUUUCGACUUCAACACUUGUGUCUGUAAGGCUAGCUGCAGCUGGGUUUAACGUCACCAACGAAAGAAUAUGAAUAUCAUUUUCAUGCCUAAGAAGUGAAGCUGCAGUGCGCUAGAGCUAUCGUGCUCGUGGCAAGAUGAACUAUUCUUCUGUGAUGAUGGAACCUAACCCGUUCCCUGUAUUCAAGGGAGAGUCAAAAUAAUACUCCAAAGUUCACGUACUCGUGUAUCAGAUUUUGGAACAAUUGGACAAAGUAGUCUCGUAUUGUGCCCUUUUUGUUC